GUGCAAUUCCUUUUGUUUCAAGAGACGGUCUCAAGGCCUGGUUUUGCAGGAGAAAUUCGGAAUUCAGAACAGGCGAUGCGGAUUGAGAAGCGCCCACAGAAAAUGCUUAAGAUGCCGGAAAUGAGAAAAAUCGUUAUCGUUCCUGAAAUCAAAAAACCAACGCCGAGUUCAGAAAAUCAGAGUCUAGUGAGAAGAAGUUUAAAAAAAAAAGUGAAAAUGGUCAGACAAGCUUCUAAAGAUAUUCUGAAAGUAGUGAAAAGUAUAAGAAAACACAAGGGUCGACCUCCAGUCUUGGAAACUAAACCAAAAGGCAUUGACGUGGAGUACCCAAAUAAACCAUGGCAACAGAUGAUUACGCAGAGAAAGUAUAAACCGAGAGGGGCGAUUAAAGAGAAGCUGACCAAAAUUACUAUCUGUGGUUUUCCUACGGUCCUGGAGAUUUAAAAGGUGACAAAAGCGCGGGUUUGUUACUUAUUU